AUGAACGAUAUUUUAAACCUUGAUGAAUCUGAUGAUGGUGGUAUAGAUGCUUCCUCUAAGGAGAAUUUCUAUUGGGAUCGUAAUAAUAGAGGUGAUAUUUGGAUUUCGUCGGAUAGGAAAACCGUUGAAUGGCAAGUAGCAAAUCAAUGUAUUCGUAGGUUUUAUUUUCAACAACCUGUAAUAAAGGCCAAUUUUGUUGAUUUUGAAAAAGCUCCAAAUUGUCUUGUAAUUGUUUUGAAAGAUGUGGCUCACGUUUAUUACAUUUCUCAAGGUGAUUCAACGAUCGUUUGCUUCCCAUUCCCCAUCGCAAACGUAUUUUGGUAUUCACAAGGUCUAGUACUUGAAAGAAAAGUAACAGGUACCAAUUGGGGCGAAAAUGAUAAUCAUCGUUUCAUAACACUGUCAGAUCCAAUGUUACCAUUUGGAUUUUUAGGGUUUUCCACACAUCAAAGACAUGGUAGUGAUUUGAAAGAUAUUCGAAUGGUUCUAUUCCCAGAAGAUGAUAAUUUAAAGAUUACGGUUUUGUUCGAUAAUUGCCAAAAGAAAUUACAUUUUUAUUAUACACAAGUUACGGGACGUUCUAACGAUCAUAGUUCAAAUGGAUCUUUUAAUCGAAGAGAUCAACAUUUACUUGGCGGUGGUAUGAAUAACAAUCCAUUGUUAGCCAAUAAUAGUGGCAGUAUCAUUAGCAGCGGAUCUUCAUCAGAUGCGAAGAAAAACUUGAGGAAGAUUUCCAUUCUCAAUAGAAGAGCUACUUCUGCUACGUUGGGGACAGGUGAUUCGAGUGAAAUACCGUCAAGUUCCUUGAAAUCUGCAGAUUCCUUAUCCUCAAGCCAUAAGACAAAUGGAGGAACUAGAAGAAGUCUUUCGGCAACUUUAGAUCGUAUGAGUAGUGGAUUAGCGUCACCGGUAGCGGAAUUUUCUAACAGUUCUAUCCCACAAAGUCAUAACGACGCUCUUCAUCAAAGAAUAUCUACGAGAGAUGUAACUUUGACUAAAAUUUCGUCCAUGACUCUACCACAACAUUUAGCCCAUAGAAUUAAAUGUUUAAAAUGCAUUUCAUUGAAAUUACAAAAUCGUGAAGCUGUUGCAAUCUUUGAUCCCAAUACGAGGUUUUAUAAACUUUGGAUGACUGAUCUUUUGCCUGAGGUUAUCAAUUCACUUUCCUUUAAAGUUUAUGGUAAUUCCCCCAAUGAUAUGAUAAGAUUGUCUAACUUUAACGUCGAUGCACCAAUAAUCGAUAUGUGUAUUUACCACUCAUAUCAUUUCCCAGGCACUCUAGCACUGGUACAUGAAUCCAACCAUAUAUCUCUUUACAACCCAUUUUUUGAAUUGGCAUCCCCGAAAAUACAGCUUCCGCAACAGGGUGGACCUCAAAAGCUAUAUUACAUUUCAGAUGACAGAAUGGUUUUGGAUAAAACAACUAUUUCAUCAACCAAUAUUGGAUUAAGUUUAUUCCCUUAUCCUAAGAAAUCAUCAGUCAUACUUUGUUUUGAAGCAAUGAAAUGGAUCUGUUCACCUAGUAUUUUUCAAGCAGUCGUCUUUCUUUGGCAAUUUUCGUUACAGUUAAACGAUAAGCAUAUUUGUCACAUGGAAGCAGAAUUUUCUGCGUUAGAAUAUACUUUAACCGCCCUCAUGUUACCGCCCACGGAAGAAGCCGAUAAUUUUAAAGACAUUCACGAAUCAUCUGCAUAUAUAUUUCUGGCAAAAUUCGGGCUUCCUUAUUUGCUCCCGAAGAUCAUUAUGGGAUUACAUCUAAUACGAGAAGAGAUGACGCUUAAUGUUUUACAAAAAAAUGAUGUACUACGAUGGGGGAAAUUCUUGCAAUAUGCCACCACAAUUAUGGAUUGGCCAAUUCUUUGGAGGGAAUAUUAUGCGACGAGUGGUUCUCAAUCAAUUGCUACGGAUUGUGAUCCUUUGCCUGGUGUCUUUGCACAUCCUCUAGAUGAACCCCCAUCUAUCAUGAAAUCACUUUACAGUGUGACAGAAAACAGUUAUACUCCAAUUACGCCAUUUAUAACUUUUUCUAGGUUGGUGGAAAUGGACUCUAAAAUUGAUCAUUUGAUUACACCUAGAAGUUAUAAAGUUAUCAGAUUUUAUGAAAUGACACAUGCAUCUGAUUAUUCUGAUGAAUUCCUUUUACAGGUGCUUACCAGGUUGGAAAUCACGAAACAAGAAAUUAACACUUUUCCUCUUGGAUUAUUGGCUCCCUUAUGUAAAAUGUUGGCUAAAAUUGAAGAGAAACUUUGCCAAGUAGAUGUGAAUUUAGACCUUUCCGUCAUUUCAAGACAUGAUUUAGAAAGAUGCGUUUUCACCAUAAGACAAUUACGAAAUGACACAGCAAUGGCAGAAGACCAAUCAAAGUCUCUGAAUCCUUAUAGAGCACCAUUAAAGCUUUCACAAAAUAACACAAAAGUCUCACCAAAAGAUAUAUAUACGGUUUUGGCAGAAGUUGUGAAAAGCACAAAUCGAUUCACUUUGGAAAGAGGAUCUAUCGAAGAAAAUGCAGAUAUGGAUGAUUUUGACGAAGGUUACACUUUAAAGAAGAAUGCAGGAUUAAUUUUUUCUGACGAUAGAAGAUUCUAUCACGUCUUAUCCUUAUUGGUAUAUUACAAGCCCCGUAAGAUACAGUUUCUGUCAUCAGAAACUGAAUAUACAAAGUUAUUGAAGCAAAAGAAGUCCAUCGCUAGGGUGAUGUCUCUAAGAACUUGUACAAGUGGAAUUGGGUUUGGUGCUGUUGCCUACGCUACAGAAAAACCGUUAGCAACACAGAAAUGGAUUAAGGCUUCACUAGAUUUUACUUAUCUAUUUCCAGAUAAUACAAAAGUUUCCAUAGAUCCUGACGAGUUGGACCAAGAGACACUGCUUUGGGGUGAAUUUCAUAGUGGAGUAAGUUCAGGGCUACGAAUUUCCAAAAAAUCCAAGGACAUUAAUGGCAGCUGGAUUGCCUUUAAUAAACCCAAAGAAUUAGAUGCGCAACAUGGUGGUUUCUUACUAGGGUUGGGUUUAAAUGGUCACUUAAAAGGAUUGGAAGAAUGGCAUGUAUACAACUAUUUGAGCCCUAAGAAAACUCACAUUAGUAUCGGACUUUUGUUGGGAAUGAGCGCGAGUAUGAAGGGGACAAUGGAUUUGAAACUUACCAAAGUACUUAGUGUUCACAUUGUAGCGUUAUUACCGCCAGGGUCUAGUGACCUAAACAUUAAUCUAAAAGUCCAGACAGCGGGUCUGAUCGGAAUAGGAUUACUUUAUCAGAGAUCUCAACACCGAAGGAUGUGCGAUGUACUUUUUUCUCAACUCAAAUCGCUUAUAGUGGUCAAUGAGGAGCAAGUUUCCGAUGAGAGUUAUCGUUUAGCUGCAGGUAUCUCACUGGGAUUGAUCAACCUUGGUGUAGGCGAUUUAGCCAGUGGUGAUGACCUUAAUGAUAUCCCUGAUGACAUAGAUGUCCCAGAACCCCUCCCGAUUGGAGGCAUGGGCCCGGAUGAAAAGAUCACAAGGGGACUACUUGAAAUUAUUACGAAAAAUCGUGAUGUGGAAGAGGAUUGGAUACCAGAAAAUUCUUUUAUUGGGGCAAUUAUGGCUUUAAUGCUAACGUUCUUAAAGACAGGAAACUUAAAUGUUGCAGAAUCGAUCAAGCCUGAUCUAAAAUACAUACCAACCAAAGUGGAUUACAGACCAGAGAUUUUUAUGUACAGGGAAUGGGCUUACCAUAUGAUUUUAUGGGAAACGAUAGGAACGGAUAUAUCAUUUAUCAUGAGCGAUUUUACUAACAUUUUCGAUUCUGAAAUAAAUACCGAUAAAUUACCAGUGUAUUACACCAUGGCAGGUCGUGUGCUGUCCAUAGGUAUAAGGUAUGCUUCUUCAGGAGAUAUAAGAAUUAGAGAUUGCUUACUUUAUUUGGUUGAUAAAUUUUUACCUUUCUAUCAAUAUCCAGGUGAUGCUCGGUUAGAUUUCAAGUUGACAAUAUUGGGAAUAAAUGCAUUACUCAAUGUACUUUUGGUCUCAACCAGUUUGGUUAUGUGUGGUACAGGUGAUUUGGAAACUUUCCGUAGAACCAGAUACUUACAUGAGAUUGUGCUAGGUAAGCAUUCAGAUGUUUUCAAAUCUCAGGCACCUACCAAAAAAACAUCUUCAGAUAAAGGUGCAGAAACUGCGGAUGCAGAGAUGUCUAUUGAAGAAGUUGAAAACUCAGAGGAGGCAAGUGCGCCUGAAGUUGUCAUUAACGAAACAAAUGAUGAUCAAGAGGAAUUACCAGACGUAACUGCCGAAACUGAAGAGAAAACCGAUGAUGAGAACCAAUAUUCCAAAUAUAUUGCCACCAGUAUGUCCUUAGGGUUCUUGUUUCUGGGAUCUGGUCAAUAUGCGCUAAAGACUUCAAGUUUAGAAUGCCUUUCCUACCUUAUCAUUUCAGUAUUACCAACCUACAAACGUGAUGCACCUUUGCAAGAGACAAAGCACUUUUGGAGUAUGGCAGUAGAACCUAGAUGUUUGGUCAUUAGGGAUGCUGAGACUGAAAAAUCGAUCAGCAAUAUACCGAUAGAAAUUACAGUAAGGAUGACGGAUUCUUUGAAAGAAGAAAUGAGAGAGUUGGUUGCACCAUGUCUCUUGCCAGAUGUCAGGAAGAUAAGAUGUUUGAGGGUUAAAUCUCCCCUCUAUUAUCCAUUGGAAAUAAAUUUUGAUCAUGAAAUUCAAUCUACAGAAUUCUUUAAAAAUGGUACCAUUCUCUACGUCCAGCGUCGUCGCCCACAAAGUGAUAAACCUCCUCAUUACAGGAGCAUUGAUGAUAUACAGUUAGCACUAAGGAAAAGAAUGGACCAUUCCGAAGACGAAACUGACACAGCAACGAACUUAUCAUUUGCAGAUAAACUCUUUAAGAAUUUAGAAUGUACCGAUAGUACAAUGAUGGAAUUAGAGAAAGAAGUUGAAACGCCUUCCAAUGAACAGAAUUACAACUUAGAAAUGCUUUGCUCUGACAUAAACAGUGGUGAUGUGACAGACUGCCAAUUAGAACUUUGGAAAAGAAAACACCGUACUCUAAUCGAAUAG